AUGAUAUGCAAGAUGCCAGUCGCCGAAGAUACAUUGUCGAUAUCUGAUGUAAUUGUACAACUCCAAGACUACAGUCCCACCAUACCCGAUUCUAUUACAACAUCUAUAUGCUCAGAAGCUGGAUUUGAGACAAAUGACCCUCGAAUAGUUCGGUUGAUAGCAAUUGCUUCUCAGAAAUUUAUUGCUGAUAUAGCCAACGAUGCAUUGCAACAUUGUAAAGUGCGUUUGGCUACCUUGCCAACUAAAUCUGGAAAAGUUCCUAAAGACCGUAAAUUCACAUUAACUAUGGAAGAUUUAUCACCAGCACUCAGCGAUUAUGGAAUUAUUGUUCGAAAGCCUCCAUAUUUUGUCUAA